AUGUCUUUAACCUCCUCAAUUCCGAUCUACGACAUCAUAAUAUCGGGCGCUGGGCCUGUUGGCCUCCUUCUCGCCACAGAACUUAAACUUCAAGCCCCCGAUGCUCGGGUCCUAGUUUUGGAGCGCAGAAUUUCACCCGAUACAGCGAUAAAGGCAGCUGGCAUCAACACUGCUUCGCUUGAAAUGCUCGAGCGCCGUGGUCUUCUCCCUGCCAUUCAGUCCACGAGAGCUUCAUUCAAUGCUGAUAAAAACAAGGGUACUCGGGAAUGGAAGUUGCCUUUUCCGAGGUCUGUUGGCCAUUUUGGUGGCAUCCCUGUUCCUGCUGGUCCUGUUGAUAAGGAGGAUGCUUUGUUACGUGGAAGGGGGGAGCAGGGGUGGUAUACGCCAUUGCCGCAAGUUGACCUGGAGAAUGUUCUGUAUCAGCGGGGGCGGGAGUUGGGUGUGGAAGUUUGGAGAGAUGUUGAGGUUACGGGACUCAAGGCAAAUGAGUCUGGCGUGACUAUGGAAAUUGAAGGAGAGGGAACAAAAGGAACAUGCGGAGUGCGUGGACACUGGCUUAUCGGCUGUGAUGGAGGACAUAGUCUUGUGCGCCGUCUAGCAGGUUUUGACUUUCUAGGCACAGAUCCGAAGAUCACGGGCCGGGCAGCUAUUGUCGAGAUUGAGGGUGCUGAGCAUUUGGGGGAAGGAUGGCAGUGUACACCACAGGGAGUUUAUGUGUUCACCAACGCACAGGGACUGGGGCAAGUGCGCACGAUUGAGUUUGAUGGUCCACCUGCGGACAAGUAUGCACCGGUAACAGCCGAGGAGAUGGAGGAUAGUUUGCGGCGGGUUACUGGUUCUGAAGGUAUUCGCAUCUCGAAAGUCAAUGGAGGCACGCGGUUUACAGACAAUGCACGCCAAACGAGUACCUACCGGCGUGGAAGGGUGUUUCUCUGUGGAGAUGCGGCGCAUGUGCACGCGCCGUUUAGUGGACAAGGAUUGAAUCUGGGUCUUGGGGAUGCUGUCAAUUUGGGCUGGAAGCUUGGUGCGGUAGUGCAAGGGUGGGGAACUGAGGAUCUUCUCGAUACCUAUACCAGCGAACGACAUCCCAUUGGUGUGCGAGUCUUGGAUUGGACUCGAGCACAGACUGCUGUCAUGCGUGGUGAUCCUGAUGGCUCAGCGUUAAGGGGUGUUGUGAGCGAUUUUCUGGGAACGAAGGAUGGAGCGACGCAUUAUGUAAAGCAGGUAUCUGGAUUGUGGCAGCAUUAUGAUCUGGGUGAUGGACAUCCACUCGUUGGUAUGACAAUGCCUAAUAUUCAGUUGCAUGACGGUAGUCGCCUUGCAGAUCAUGCCCAUGAAGGUCACAGUCUACUGGUCGAUCUUGGGGGGAACGACAGUGCUGCGGGCCUAGUUAAGAGAUAUGCUGGGCGUCUGAAGUUGAUCCGAGGAAGGUCGACUAUUGCUGCGGUUGAAUGUCUGCUGGUGCGCCCCGAUGGCUUCGUGGCUUGGGCUGCUAGCAACGGCGUAUUUGAUAUUAGGGAAGUCGAGGCUGCCCUAAUUCGAUGGUUAGGUAGCGAUAAUCACCAUCAAAAUCCCUGA